AUGGAUCUUCCGAUCAGCGAUGCUCCCGUCGUCCGCGAGACCUCUCCCGCCAAAGAGCUCUACCAGCUCUUCCUAUCCGUCCACCACCGCGGCGAGCUCUCCCUCGGUGACAACAGAAAACGCCUAGGCUUCUCAGCCUAUCACUGGGCGAUCCUCCUCGCCCCCGAGAACGCCGAGCACCACCGCUGCUAUGCCUUCGACACCACCAACGGCGUCUCACCCCACAGCCACCAAAGAGUCAACAUGAACCCCGACUACAACUGGGCAUUCCGAGUGAAGAGCAACGUGAACCCGGCCUCGAGUGACUCUCUCUUAAUCCGCAUCGCGAUCGGAGACCCCCACGACGUCCACCCUAACACCAUCCGAACUCUGCUCCAGUCCGUUCAACUCCCCAUCAGGGGUGCCUGGCCGCCUCAGAAUUGUGUGGAUUGGACCAAGUCAGCUUUGCAUAUGCUCUGGUCGGUUGGGCAUGCGGCGAAUAUUGAUAGUGUUGAUAUGAUGAUGGCGAGAGCGCUUGCUUAUGCCGAUUUGCGCAUGGCGGACCCUGCGAGUGCGCCUUUCAAGCUUGAUCAUAUGGGGAACGAGAUGUGA